AUUCUUUAUACCAUCAAAAUGAGAAGCCAGAACUUUUAUUCUCCUUCUAACGAGGAUAGGUCAAUACCUCCAAAGUUUCCUCGUCGCACAUCUUCUUUGCGUACCAAGCAACCACUGCCUCACAUCGUUACCACCAUCGAGCCUGGUUCCAACCGGCAGUUGUUCACACUGCACGAGAGCGCCGACGAUGCUUCUCAGCCUUACCAUAAGCGGAGCUUUUCGCUAGGUUCAUCGCGGACGCCUACAACUCCUGGUCUCAUCGACUCGCCCUACAGUGAUGUAGCGCCUACACUACGCAUGUUCUCAACGUCAUACGUAAUGACAAAACCGCAAGGGAACUCUGCAAGCUACUUCGAGAGCGAUGUUAGUGAUCAAUUCCAAGUACCGAAACCCCGCCAACAGAAGCCCCAAGGAAAAGUGCAAAAUUGGCUUUCUAAGCUUCCCAGUCAAAGAGAGUCACCCUUUCAAGAAAGGAGGAGAGAUGACGAAGUGAGCCGAAUAUUGAAGUCUAGACAGCCCUGCCUUGUUGCCGACGCUUCUACGACGUCUACUGGAGUUGAGAAGCAAUUUCUGGAUAUAGAUUCGGAAGAAGAUGAUGGAUCUGAAGGCUCCGAUUCUGAGGAUACCGGAGAUCUUGAUAGCUAUCACGAGGCUUUGUUCAGAUUAUCGGGCUCUAGAAAUGGUUGCAGGCCAACCUUUCGGGCAUCGAUGCGACGACAAUUUCCAAUUGACAGGGAAAGGGAAGCCCAUUUGAAGAUGUUUUGAAGCAUUAGAUAAAAUAAGAGAUCAAAAAGAGUUAGAAAUAAUAUGACUGGAGUUGAAUAGAACAUUAUCCUUUGUUAAGGGUUGGGUUGAGAAGUUGGAGGAUAUUAUGACGAGCUCGAUGUCCUGCGAAAUCGUGGGUUUACUAGACUAUAUUGUCAAAAACGAUUAGGCCAUAUAAUAAUUUAGCAUAUGAAGCGUUCUAUAGACCAAUAGUUGAG